CACAUACGCAGCGAGGCAGGCACGCAGCUGAUGCCAAUGUCGUCGUCGUCCAGGGAGGAGGAGGAGGAAGUGGAGAAGGAGGAGGAGGACUCGAAGGCCGCGGUGGUCCAGCUGGUGACGCUCAAGGUGGUGAGCCAGGAGCGCGUGAUCAAGCACACCAUGAAGGUCACCGACAAGCUCCAGGUCCUCAAGGAUGUGUGGUACCACAAGGUUCCCGAAGUGACAUACGGCACCGGCGUCUUCCUCUACGACGGGUGCCCAUUUCGCGCCGACAGCACCCCCGAGAUGAUGGAGAUGGAGGACGGGGAUAUGGUCGAUUUCUUCGAACACCAGGAUGGUGGAGCGCUCGUUGCUUGAUGUAUGUCAUGUCCCCCUAGGGCAAUUAGCUAUCUAGUACUUUUAUGCGGGGAUUAGAUGUUGAUGUCCGAUGGGUAGAACUAUCAUCUACUUCGUGGAAGCAGCAUUUAGAUAUGCAGCGCUAGUUGUUGUUAGGAGGCCAGGUUCCGGUGUGAGCAGCUCAAAACCUUGAAGUUCGAUUCGCUAAUCUGUUAUCUGUCCUAUCUAUUUCGUCA